CUCGUCCCCUCCCACUCUGCCUCCCUCCCUCCUCCCCCCCUGCUCCUGUCUCUGUCACUCUCAGGGCCCGGGCAGGCUGGGGCAGCCAUGGCAGCAGCACUAAUCUGGAUUCUUCUCCUUGUGGGUCUCUUGGCAAGGCAAGGGGACACCGAGGCCCAGCAGACCACCCUGCAGCCUCUUGUGGGCCGUGUCUUUGUGCACACCUUGGACCGGGAAACCUUCCUGCAUCUUCCUGAGCAUGUUGAUGUCCCCUCCACUGUCCCAAUCACCUACCAUGCCCACCUCCAAGGAUACCCAGACCUGCCUCGGUGGCUCCGCUACACCCAGCGCAGCCCCCACCAGCCUGGCUUCCUCUACGGCACCCCCACUCCAGAAGAUCGUGGGCGCCAGGUCAUUGAGGUCACAGCUUACAAUCGGGACAGCUUUGACACCACCCGGCAGAGGCUGGUGCUGUUGAUUGAGGACCCAGAAGGCCCCCUGCUGCCAUACCAAGCUGAGUUCCUGGUGUGCAGCCAUGAUGUGGAGGAGGUGCUGCCCUCAACGCCUGCCAGUCGCUUCCUCACAUCCUUGGGAGGGCUCUGGGAACCAGGGGAGCUCCAGCUACUCAACAUUACCUCUGCCUUGGACCGUGGCGGCCGUGUCCCCCUUCCCAUUGAGGGUCGCAAGGAAGGGGUUUACAUCAAGGUGGGAUCUGCUUCACCCUUCUCCACCUGCCUGAAGAUGGUGGCAUCUCCUGACAGCCACGCUCGCUGUGCCCAGGGUCAGCCUCCACUUCUGUCCUGCUAUGACACCUUGGCACCUUACUUCCGUGUUGACUGGUGCAAUGUGACCCUGGUGGAUAAGUCAGUGCCAGAGCCUGCAGAUGAGAUGCCUACCCUAGGCGAUGGGAUCCUGGAGAUUGACCCAUUCUUCUGCCCACCUACUGAGGCCACGGCCCGAGACUUCCUCACUGACGCACUGGUCACCCUCCUGGUGCCACUGCUGGUGGCUCUGCUUCUCACUCUGCUGCUGGCCUACAUCAUGUGCUGCCGGCGAGAGGGACAGCUGAAGAGAGACCUGGCCACCUCUGACAUCCAGAUGGUCCACCACUGCACUAUCCGCGGGAACACAGAGGAGCUGCGGCAGAUGGCAUCCAGCCGCGAGGUGCCCCGGCCCCUCUCCACGCUGCCUAUGUUCAACGUGCGCACGGGCGAGCGGCUGCCUCCGCGAGUGGACAGCGCCCAGGUGCCCCUCAUCCUGGACCAGCACUGAGGGGACAUGCAGCUCCAGGAUCUGGCUCCUGGGCCCCUGCAACAGCGCCCUUGCCUUCCUGCCCUCCAGUCUCAGCUCCAGCAGGAGCCAGGCCCAUCCUUUGAGAAGAAAGAUCAGGACAUCUCACCCUCCACCCCUGCAGCUUUUAACUCUCCAACGCCUUCUGGUCACACUGAGAGUAAGACCCACACACUUGACCCAGGCCUGCUGGCCCUGCCCAGCCCUCUGACCUCAUUCCUACUCUUCACACGCCCACUGCAGCCACACUGCCUCGUUAACUCACGCCUGCUUUGGGGGCCUUUGCCCAUGCUGUUCUCUCUGCCGGGAUCCCCCUGUCCCCUCCACACCCCACCCACACAACUCCCCCCAUCGCAGUUGUCCUGGUCUUUGCCCAAAUGGUAGCUCCUCAGAGAGCCCCUUCCAGCUCCCCUGUUUCCAGAGCACUGUGUACCCUCCCUGUGCCUUAUUCUAGGCUGGCUUCUUACCCUAGAUAUAAGCUCCACCUCCAGAUAUAAAAUCCAGGAGGGCAGGAUUCUGUGCGCCCACUGUGGAUGGGGGCGCUGGGGUGCCUGCACAUAGCAGGUGCUCAGGAAAGAUGUUUGGAGGGGGUACUCUGGUCUCGGUGUGCUCAGAGCUCUUAAGAAAGUUGUUCCUCCUUUCUGGGCAAAGAAGGUGCCCAAGGCCAUCGCUAGCACUUCUAACAUUAUGUUCCUGUCACCCUGCCUGCUGGGCAUCCCACACCUGUUAGUUAGUUAGUUAGUUAGUUAGUUAGUUAGUUAGUUAGCUGUUAGUUAGUUAUCCCAUAAGCAUCUGUGGAGGCAGGCACUUGGGAGGUGCUCAGUAGAUGUUUUAGACUGAGUGCCUGUUGGGGUGGCCACCCCCUAACCACAUGUGUCCUCUGACAAGACAGUGCCUCUGUCUCUUCGUUUCCUCCUUUGCCUUGAGGCCCCUCAUCUGGCCGAAAUUUGGAGCUGCACAGAAUGUGCUCAGGCCAGAGGCUCUAGACUGCCAGGCUGCUCUCCCGGGGUGCUCUUCCUCGAUCGCUGUCCCCUUGAGGCAGGGGCUGCCCUCUCCUGGUCUCUGCGCUCCUGCCCAGGUAGCCAGGGCUGGGAGAGUUCCUCAGCCAGCCCCUUGCUUCCCUCUGCUGCCUGGCUUUGCCUUGACAUCUUGGCUCCGAGGAGCACACGGGAGCCUGGCUGCUGGCCUGGGAGGAAGCAGCCCAGACAAGUAGCUGGGAGGAUGGCGUGACUGCAGAGGACACUGAGCCGUGCCCAGGCACACGCACGCGCACACCCAGGCGCCCCUGGCAGCGCGUGGCAAAGGCACUGCCGGACUCAGCACCUCUCCUCUCGCUGAGGGAUGAGGCUCAUGCCUCAUAGAGCAGUCACGCCCCACAGUCUAUAGCCAAGGAAAAAUAGCCACAGUGUCCCCCGCCCCACCGAGAUUCAGCUACAUGCCCUGCCCCACCCUUGGCUCCUCCAGUCCCACAGCAAGCGCUACCCUGCGAUCUAGUGUGGAGGGGCCCCUACCUUCACCCUAAACAGAGCCCCAUGGUGGCCUGACCCUAGACGUUCCCUCAACAUCUCAGUCUGGGAGGAGGAUCCAUGUCUGAGUGAGAACACAGAGCCCUGCCCCAUGGGGCCUGUGUCUCCCUGGCUCUUCACACACGCACACACACAUACAGCGUUUAUAGGGUGUGUUUGUUGGGAUUUGGGCUCAGAGUGAGCAGGACUCAAAUCAUGGCUCUGACAGCUCGUUUACUCAUAAGACGUUAAUCAUAACUGCCUGGGGGCUGUUGGGAGGAUUUGUGAGCCCCGGACGAGUGCCUGGCAUCUGGCAGCUCCUGAGAAAGGAGACAUUAUUACGUAGGAACUCUUGAGUGACCACUCCCAAGCCAGAGGCCCAUAGGGUCCCCCUGCCCACUAAGAUCCAGAUUAAGUGAGCUCCAUUUACAUUCUGUGCCCUGUGAAGGCUUCAUGCUCUCCCUGUGAGUUUGGAGUGGAGGCUGAAAUUUCCAUGUUUCCUGGCACUGGUCUGCUGGCCAGUGAAAUGAAAUUUUGGGAUAUGUGGGUUAAAUAAAAUAUGUUAUUACAAUUAA